CUUCCUUGAGGGUUUUUUCACUGACUGCUCAGUAGCAUUGUUCCAGGGGAUCGUUGAGGUCUGACCAAGCUCAGUUUGAAUUUGAUCGUCGCGGAGCAACUUGCUCAUAACUCACGUCCUGACGUGCGCUUAAUACUUGAUUAGUAGCUUUUGAACCUUCUUCCAAGACAUCUGAAGUGGCCUAUUGAAAUUGGGGAAACCUUUUGAGUCUACAACUUGCUUCAUCCAGAAAACAUCAAUGACGGCUGUAAGUAACCAAGAGCAGGCUCAAGAUGAAGCCUCCAAACCACAAAGGAUCCAGGAGAAGAUUAAAAAGUUCUUCAUCAAGUACUUCUUCGAAGGGCAAAAAUUGAGCACAGAUCAAGCCAAAGCCAUCGAGAACCUGCGCGAGGAUUCGCCUUGGACCGAGAGGGUCCUGGUGAAGCAUCGCCGUUUGGUCGGGAUCCUCAUCCCAUUGGUGUUCUUCCAGCUGUGUUGGUGGACUCUGGCCAUUCGCUGGAACUAUUUCCAGUACUUUCCCGACCGAUAUCUUCUCUCUAUCACCAUGAUCUUUGGUGCCACCAUCGCAGGAAUGACAUCUGAAGGUGGAGGAGCUGUGGCCUUUCCAGUCAUGACCUUGGCCUUGGGCAUCAAACCAGCUGUGGCCCGAGAUUUCUCCUUAAUGAUCCAAUCUUGCGGAAUGACGGCGGCGGCCUUCACCAUCUUCUGGAUGAAGAUCAAGCUGGAAAUGCGCUCUGUGUUCUUCUGCAGCUUUGGCGCUACGUUUGGCAUGGUUCUGGGUCUGGAGAUGUUGGAUGAUUUAUUGUCGCCCCCAAUUAAGAAGCUCGGCUUUGUUUGCGUUUGGUUCAGUUUCGCCUUUUCUUUGUACUUGUUGAAUCGUCAACACAAGCGGAAGACGUUCGAUGCCAUCCCCGAUUUUGGCAUCUGGCAAACCUUGGUUUUGAUCAUGACUGGAUUCAUUGGUGGUAUUUUCAGCGCUAUUGCUGGGAGUGGUGUUGAUAUUUGCUCCUUCUCCAUCUUGAGCCUGUUAUUCCGGGUGAGCGAGAAAGUGGCCACGCCCACUUCCGUGAUCCUCAUGGCGAUCAACACUUGUGUCGGCUUCUAUUGGCGACAAUUGAUGACCGAAACCGGGGUGGAACCUGAGGCGUGGAAGUUCUUUGCUGUGUGCGUUCCUUUUGUGGUGUUUUUUGCUCCCUUUGGAUCUUUUAUUUCGUCGCAUUUUCAUCGACAAGUCCUGGCUUUUCUCAUUUACAUUCUGGACACAAUUGCAUUGGUCUCCGCUUUGAUUGUGAUCCCAAUCACUUGGCAAAGAGGAGUCCUCAGUGGAAGUCUUAUUGCUGGAGGCUUCCUCGUGUUCUAUUGCAUAUCCAAAGGAGGUGAGAGACUCUUGAAGAUCCAAGAGGAAAAGGAGAAGCGACUCCUCAACAAUUUGGCCGUUUGAAUGACCCUCUGAUGAUACAUUGUUAUCAAUCACGCGUACAACUGGUUGUGUAUGUCGCUAAGCACUGCCCUGAACAAUACUCCAAUUACAAUUGUAUUGGAAAUAUCUAAAAAAAACUGUACCUUCUGGAAAAUUAAAAAAAGAAAUACAUGCUUAUAUCGUAUCAC